AUGGAGAGGAAGGAGCCUAUUGAUUUUUCUUCUCAUUUUUACUUUGAAGCCUCUGGUGACUCUGAAGAAGCUGAUUUUGAUCCCACCUUUGCUUGUGAAAUGGCCAAAGCAGAUGGUGGCGAUGUUGAUGAUGCUCUAUCUUGCAACUACGAUGGAUCUGGUGCUUGUAAUGUUGCUGAAUUCGAUGGGUGUGAUGAGUCUUGUGAUGAACAUGAUGGUGGGGUUGAGAAGAAGGAGGAUGAUGGUGUUUUUGGAAUGUCAUAUUGUGAAGAUGAUGAGAUGCAAGAAGAACAGAUGAAAUCCUAUGUGUCCUUUGAAUCAGGCCAGGAGUCUUUGGAUGAAAUGGAAAAGAACAGGCUCUUCUGGGAAGCUUGCUUGGCAUCUUGA